GAGCUGGCAACCUCCUUCUCCAGCCCGUUUUCUGCCUUCAUCAUGUGCAUAAACUAUGUCGACAGACGUUCAUCAUACUAUGGAUGUCAGGUAUUAUCACUCUGCAGGAGAAGGCCAGUACAACCUCAGUCCACUCAACACAUACCCUCCUCAGCAAUGUCACCACUUUGCUUCCUGCCUGCCCAGAAGACACUGGGAUGACACACAAAACUGGCUCAGACAUGGUGGUAACUCUGUGAAUGACAGCGCGGCUGAGGGAAGUGUCUCAGUUAACGUGCCCCAGUUUAACGUCCCCCCCAUGGAGGGCGUGUCACAGGUCAGCGUGAUGAACCUGAGCUCAGCAGGAGCAGAGGCAUCUGUCUCACAUCCACAUGAGAAAAGAAGAACCAUCAGUCUGCCUGAUGAGUGCCGAAACGUUUUUAUAACUUAUUCUUCGGACAUUUCUUCAGAGAUUGUCCUUUUUGGAGACAUCCUCACAAAGCAGGGUUUUCGACUAGCUAUUGACAUUUUUGACAACCCCAUCAGACGCAUGGAUAUCAACAAGUGGAAGGACAGUUACCUGAAAGAUCCAUCAACCAUGAUUAUCAUUGCCAUCAGUCCAAAGUAUAAGGCGGACAUUGAAGGAUCUGUACUGGAUAGCCAUGGUCUACACACUAAAUAUAUUCACUCCAUGAUGCAGAAUGAAUUCUUCCAACAAGGCAGCUUGAAUUUCAGAUUUAUACCGCUUCUCUUCCUUAAUGCGUCCCAGAAACAUGUCCCAUGUUGGCUUCAGAACACACGUGUUUACCGCUGGCCACAGGACACUGAGGAUUUGUUACUGCGGCUACUCAGGGAGGAGAGAUACAUUCCUCCUCCUGUACCUCUGGAGCUCACCCUCAUCAUCAGGCCUGUGACCCCCAGUGCCGCAGCUACGCUGUAA